CCCCCCCCCCCCCCCCCCCCCCAUUGCCCCAUCAUUGGUGUCAGUGGGGGAGGAGGAAUAGUGCCCCAUCAUUGGUGUCAGUGGGGGAGGAGGAAUAGUGCCCCAUCAUUGGUGUCAGUGGGGGAGGAGGAAUAGUGCCCCAUCAUUGGUGUCAGUGGGGGAGGAGGAAUAGUGCCCCAUCAUUGGUGUCAGUGGGGGAGGAGGAAUAGUGCCCCAUCAUUGGUGUCAGUGGGGGAGGAGGAAUAGUGCCCCAUCAUUGGUGUCAGUGGGGGAGGAGGAAUAGUGCCCCAUCAUUGGUGUCAGUGGGGGAGGAGGAAUAG